AUGCCUGCGACCGUGGAUAGUAGCCUCUCAUCGAGUUCCGCCGAAAUUAUUGGCAUUGAGAAAGAUUUGAAGACACUUUUUAAGCUCAAAAACAAACUCGAGCGAAUUGCGAAGGAGAACAAAGAUGUCGUCAAUAGCGGCCUGAUGGGCAUUCUCAUAUCGAACCCACAAUUGAUUGAGCAAACAAUCGAGCAACCGCUGAAAUCGCAAAUCGAUGAAUGCCAGAAGUUGAGCAAGACGAUCAAGGAGCUCGAAAAUCAAAUUCACGAAGCGAAUCAACGAAGAAGUGAACUCGGCGCGCAUAUUGAAGAAUUGAAGAAGAAAAUCAAAGAAAUGAUUGAACAAUAUAAGAAAACGUUGAAGAAAUUUGAAACCGAUUAUGAUAUUGAGCAAAAGCAGCUCGAUGAGCUCUUGCAUGCCUCGCAACUCAAAUCGUAUCAAUUCGAGCCAAAAUACGACUUUGAUUUUACGCAUAUCAAUGACACAGGAAAUACAUUUUUACGCGGUGGAUUGCCGUAUACUAGACCGGUUGGAUCGAAACGAUUCGCAAUUACGGUGCUCGGAAAAUAUGGAAAUAAUCAUUGGAUUGAGUGCUCCGGAAAAACUGGAAACGGUGAAUGGCCGGUGGCUUUUCACGGAACGCAAGAAGCAACCAGCAUUGAUUUCGCGAAAAAUGGUUUUGACGUCGAGAAAUGCAAAAAAGUUGAAGCGAAUAAGGCGCUUUUAUGCACUCCUGAUCCAAAUACGGCUCGAAAAUAUGGUCGGUUAUAUAUUAAAGACGGUGUCACUUAUAACAUGAUAUUCCAAAUGCGCGUGGAUCCCUCGAAAAUUGACGUCGUUCGAAAAGCCGAUUCAACAAUGGGCGAGUUUUGGACGGUGCCGAGAGGGGCCUCAGUUCGACCAUACGGCCUUUGCUGCUAUCCAGCGAAUUCGAAUGAAUAA